CGCCGUUGCACACGCCUACUGAAUGCCGAUAAGGGACAGCAAAUCCGCGAAUAGAGAUUCCCCGCGUUGCUGGAGCCUUGCUCUUUGUGUCACAUGUUUCUGCAUGUUCUUCGCGCGCGAGGAAAAUGAGUAUUCUGAGAAAAAGAUUGAGCGAAUUCGACGAUGUUCUUAACGCAGACGAAAUAGAUACAGUCAGUCUUGCAAAAAUAUGUUUCCAUGGCAUACCUGACGAGCCUGGUGGCCUAAGGCCUCUAUGUUGGAAGUUAUUGCUGAACUACUUGCCACCGAAAAGAUCCAGUUGGUUGGAGACUCUGAAACGCAAAAGAGAGUUGUAUAACACCUUCAUUGAAGAUCUCAUUGUUAUGCCUGGAGAAUCUAAUACAGAUGACAAAGAGAGAGUUGAUGUAACAUUACACGAUCAUCCUCUCAACUUAAAUCCGGAUAGUAAAUGGCAAACGUACUUCAAAGAUAAUGAAGUUCUCCUUCAAAUUGAUAAAGAUGUUAGACGACUAUGUCCAGACAUAUCAUUUUUUCAACAAGGAACUGAUUAUCCAUGUCAAAAAAUAGUGAGUGCUGGCCAGCAACGUUUACACAAUAGAGUUCAACAUACUGUACUGAAAAGCGCAAAUGUUGAAAGAAAGGGAUUAGGAGUGACCAAGAUAGCAGUCUCUGUCAGAAAGGCUGCAGAAGAUUACGCACCAUUGGCUGAAGGUGGUGAAGCACAUUGGGAAGUUUUAGAGAGAAUACUCUUUUUAUAUGCGAAGUUAAAUCCUGGUCAAGGUUAUGUACAGGGUAUGAAUGAAAUAGUCGGACCUAUAUAUCAUGCAUUUGCUUGCGAUCCAGAUUCAACAUGGAGAAAACAUGCCGAAGUGGAUACUUUUUUCUGUUUUACCAAUCUAAUGGGCGAAAUACGUGAUUUCUUUAUAAAAACGCUGGAUGAAGCUGAAUUUGGAAUUAAUUCAAUGAUGAGUAAAUUGACGAAUCAAGUUAGAGCCAAUGAUCCCGACGUUUGGUUGCGUUUGCAUCAACAAGAACUGUGUCCGCAAUAUUAUAGCUUUAGAUGGUUGACGCUUCUUCUUUCGCAAGAGUUUCCCCUGCCAGAUGUUAUGAGGAUAUGGGAUUCCUUGUUUGCUGAUGAAAAUAGAUUUAGUUUCCUCAUACAUAUCUGCUGUGCCAUGAUCCUAUUAUUAAGGGAUCAGUUACUGGCUGGCGACUUUGCUACAAAUGUUAAACUCUUACAGAAUUUUCCAUCGAUGGACAUCCAAAUUGUGCUCUCUAAAGCAGCUGCUUUGGCGGGCAAGACUUUAUAGUUUUUUAGAUAAUUGUUUGUCAUAAAAAAUUAAGUUUCAAUGAUUUUUUGGCAUCUCGAAUGUCGUGAUCUUUGUCUCUUCUCUUUCUAUGCUGUGGGCGACAUAUAAUCACGAAUGCAUUAUUUUAGAGAAGAGAUGCAAUAAAAUAUAUCAAUUAAAAUAUAUCAUGUAUAUAAAGUUGAAUCGAUGAAAGAUACAAUUGGCAUUUAUGUUAUAUCAGAUAUUUAACACACAUAACUGUAUAUAUGAUAAUAUGAACUCGCGUUCAACGGAUAUUAAGAUUUAUAUACAACAUUUUUGGUGCCACAUGUCAAAUUUUUGAUACAUUUAAAAUGGUGGUGUUUGUACAUAUAUAACGUUACAUUAGACAUUAGAAAAAAAUAAUACGGCUGAAGACUUCAAAAGAUAAAUUUAUACAAUCAAUAAUAUAUAUAAUAUAUACAUAUAAUCAUUUCGUAAGCGCAGAUGAUAAGAUGAGCAUUAAGUUGAAGAGGGAAUCUGAUUUAAGCUUUCCCGAUUGUUCGACUUAACAUGAAUCUUGCAAUAAUCGUAUCGCGGUAGAUUAGUAUCAUUUUUAUAUUAGUAUCAUUUACACGCGCCAUAAUAAUUACAUAAUGCGUUUAAGCAAAGAUAUAUAUUAAAUUUUAUAAUAUUAUUUUUAUAAUAAAAAAAAAAUGCGAAAUGUUUUCGAAUUACGUUUAUAAAAUAAAGGGAAAUGUUAUAUAUUA